UACCACAGGUAUCCCAGUAAAAACCUGAGUAAUUCUACAGUUGCAGGAUACGCUCUGCAAUUUCCACGAAAAGGAACCAGUGAUUACGUCAUCAUCAAUUGCGGUAUGCCAAACCUGUCAGCUGUGACAGUUUGUCUGUGGAUAAAAACCGCUGAUACUAGAAAUGCAGGAACACCCCUGAGCUAUGUUGUGUCUGGAGGACGCGAGGAGCUUCUCCUGUAUAACUAUAGAAAUUUUAGGGUUUUCAUCAACAACCAUCACGGGUUUAAGUAUUUAAUCUGAAGUUUUGUCCUGUUAUUAAUCACAAUAGUUGUUUUGAUUUAAUGUUGCUGUAAGCUUUAAGAUACUAAAAGUACACUUCUGUGUGGCAUCAUAUCUGCCUCACAUGGGAGAAUACCUUUGGAUCAUGGAAAUUGUUUCGAGAUGGUUCGGUUACCGUUUCUGGUAAAAGUUUCCAAACAGGUAAAUUAUUCUUUUAGCAAUAGUCCGUAAAAUAGUAUUAAAUGUUUAGUGUGUGUAACUGCUAAUACAAUGAGGCCGAAAUGACGAAACCGCGAGGAUUCCACAAAAUUCAAAGGUUGAUUGAAAUAAACGAAGGACGAAGUGUAGGUAGACUUAAAAGUAGUUUUAAGAUAGACGUAGAUAGACUUAAUAUAAGCUUAAACAUGUUUUAAAGCUGUUUCGUUAAACACGGUCAGUUAAAAGGUUGUUUUCUUCAUAGAAGCUACCCAAACUAAGUGUUUGGUGUUGACUGUUGAAUGUUGUCAACUACUUGAAACCAAUGAUAAAUUCAGUUUUUCCAGUUCUCUGUUCCUGACUUUCAUCCAGUUAAACCCGGUUUGCAUUUACAUUGUAACGGCCACUGUAAACGAAAUUCUCUGGAGGGAAACUGCGUAAAAUUAUCGCGGACUCUAACUGCAAAUAAUUGCGUUGUGAACUAAACUGCCUUGUGCGGAGAAAAAACGAUUAGUUAAAAUUACCGCUUGAAUGCUCUACAUGUCGUUUGCAAGUAACGCUGAGAAAAACCACCCUAAGAAGCUGAAAAGGUGAAAGAAGACUAAAGAUACUGGAGAAACCGAGAAAGGCGCCAAAAAAGGAAGAUAUAUCAGACAAAUGAAUAAAGGGGUAAGUUUCUAAAGAAACUGUGGUGCUGUGUCGGUGGGAGAGUAUAGCAGGUAAUUUAGUGUUAACAACUGGGUUGAAAACGUAAAUUAGCCACCGUAAAGGGUAAGUAAGGAGCGAUCGCUCUGACGAAGGGCUAACGCUCGAAACGUCAGCUUUUUUACCCUUUACGGUGGCUAAUUUACGUUUUCAACCCAGUUGUUAACACUAAAUUACCUGCUAUACUCUCCCACCGACGCAGCACCACAGUUUCUUUAGAAACGUACCCUUUUAUUUAUUUAUUAUGUUUCAGUGGCCGAGUUCAAAGCUCACAUCAAGGGCUCAGUGAAGAUAAUUAAGCCAUCGUGCUGAAGUGAAAACAUCCAUGACGUGAUUUGUAAACAUUGUGAAGGAUGUUACAUUAAAGAUAAAUUUUGACAGCUCCUUGUUGAUAAUCUGAUGCGCGCCCGUAUCUUUUCUUGACCAUCCUACCAAUGCUGGGACCAAUCUUUUUCGGUCGAUGCAAUUUUAAAAUUGAGUGCGGAAAACAACUCGGAAAUGUCUUGAUUUGGUUUUCCUAUCAAGUGAUGAGAUGUAAAACUAAAAUCAUCCGUACCUUAGACACUUGUGUUUUCUCGUGCCUUAAAAAAUUUGCCAGUUUUACUGUCUCUUUUCAUGUUCGUGUCGGUUUUACAAUAUCAUACUUGUUCUCACUGGUUAAAAACUUGUAAAGUUGCAAAAUGCAAACUUCCGAAGGCAUGAUAAAGAUAUUGCUCACUCCCUAUUUGGCCUUGUUUGCUGAGUUCCCUCGGAUAAAAUAACAAAUAACUUGCUCAAUUUUUGCUGUAGAAAUGAAAUUACUAAGAUUGUGAUUCUCUGUAAGAUACUUCAAUGAUUUUGAAUUUAAUCAUGCAACAAAGCACCAUUAUCUUUGCAUACAUCAAAGACAGCAAUAGUAUCGAGGUUAAAACAUGUAGCUUGACACGUACGGUAAACUUCACAAGACAGUUAAGGCAAACGUCAUUUGUUGACACGCAAUCUCUUACUGUUUUUGCAAGGUGCUUGGUUGCUACGCACUAGACACAAAAAUGACGAGAUAUUCAUUUCAGUUUACAUGUCUGCACGUGAUUCAACUUUUUCCCAGAAUGGUCCAAUUCAUCGUGUGAUAUCUGUAUGGUUUCUCGAAAUGGUUCGAUGAUGAAAGACAUAAACAACUGCAGCAGCUAGAAUUCGGGGAUAAAUUCCAUUUUGAACUAAAGAUCAGCGGUUGAAUGGUGACCUUGCGCGUGAAAGCUUGUAAUUAUUUUGUCUUUUUACUCCGGAACCAGUAACUCAGGUUAGUUUUAAAUAUUCAUUGCCUUAUUUGCGAAAUAUUUAAAUACGUUGGCUUUGCUGUUCU